UCUGUCACUUUUACAGUAUGUGAUAAAACACUUUGUGUACAUGUUGUUGAAACGUUAUGGAUAUUAGAAAAAGAAAAGACCACCCAGCUCCGUUCAAGCAACAGCAUAGCCCAUUGAACUGACGGAUGGUGUUGUUUCAGUUAAGGGCAAGACGACAGGGAUGUGUUUGCAUCUGAAGGGAAUCUCAGAGGACUGUGAGACUGGCUAAAAUGGACAAGCAAAAUGAACAUUCAGAAACAAGAAAACCAGCUAAGAGGAGGAACAAAGUAUUUGUUCAACAAACUGGAAGCAGAACACCAAAACCAGCAACGCAGCAUAACAGCAAAUCAUCUCACAGGAGUGAAAGCCAGCUCAGCUUCGAUCGAGCUCCUGCAUCCCCCCCAGGAACAGAAAGUAAUGCGGGCAGUUAUGUGAGGGCAAUGAACCGUAGCGGCAGAGAUGACUGGAGCCGGCCCGGAUUUGGCGGUCACCAUGACAACGACUACGACGACGACGACGACGAUUACGCCGUUCCGGAGGAAGACUACGACGACGGAAUGGUGCACAUUCAGCCAGCAAAACUCUGUCCCUCUAACACACAGUAUGCAGACAGGGGUCACCACAGACCCAUCCCCAGUGUUCCAUCAGGAGUGGACAGCAAGUCCAACACUCCUCCAAAACCUCCGAGAAGGAUCAUCCCAGGGCCUGCCGUUAACAGAGACCUCAAGCCAGGCAGACAGCCUAAAACUAAGACAGAAGUGUUCUCUAAAACCAAUGCACCUGCACCUCUAGAGAGCCAUCAGAAUCUAAGAAGUCCACUGAGCCUUCCCAAGCCUGUCCCAAUGCUCCCUGUGCAUGACAAAACUACUGUGGGACCCAAACUCUUACUGCAUGGGCAUGGAGGCUUCCCAACAGACCCAUCGACACCACCAGGAUGGAAGGAACUUCCCAAGUCUGUCCCAGUGCUACCUGUGCAUGACAAAACUACUGCGGGGCCCAAACUCUCAAUGCUUGGGCAUGGAGGCCUCCCAACAGACCCCCCGACACCACACAUGUCACCGGCAUGGAAGGAACAGCAAAAGAUUAACACCAGAGGUUCAACUUCACCCAGAGGUCCUAAAGCCAGACCACCGCUAUCAGCAUCCCAAAGAUUGUCCUUAGAUCUUGAGUCCCAGGAGCUAUUUGAUGCAAGACAGAUACAUCGGAAAGAGGGGAUGCUAGAGCUACACUCUGUGAAGAGACAUCAUCAUGAGUGGCCUCAAGAAAAGGGUGAUUUAGAUCAUUCCAACUUCCAUCCUCAAGAGAGGCCUGCGGAGAUGUCAGACUGGUAUGUGGGUUCCUUUACCCGAGUGGAGGCCGAACAUGCUCUUCACCUGGUCAACAGGGAGGGAGCCUUCCUGGUCCGAGACUGCUCUAAGUGCACACCCCAGGAGCCCCUGGUGCUGGCAGUGUUUUAUAAGCACCGAGUGUAUAACAUCCAGAUCCGCUACAGUGAAUGCUCCAGCAAGUACACUCUGGGCACAGGACUGAGGACCAAUGACGCUUUCGAUAAUGUAGCUGACAUCAUCAAAUUCCAUUCUAUUUUUCCGAUCACUCUGAUUGAUGGAAGAAACCCAAAUGAAGACCAGAGAAGAACAUGUGUUCUUUUGUACCCCGUCACCAGAACAGACAUACUUCAGCUGCUGAGAAAGGACACAUAGGAAGAGGCUCGGCAGCUUCAAAUGAACACUUCACCACUGAAAAACAUAAUUAGUAAAUAAUUAUCAAAGACACAGUAUUGACAAAUAUAUUGUGAUAUUCUCAAGAUGUAAAAUCCCUUUGUCAUGAAUUUGUUAGCUCAUUUUUUUUUUUCUACAAAGAGUCUUCUUGUGCCUUAGGCACAUUUGUAUUUCUCAUUACUAUUUUUUUUCUGCCUUGGUUAUGCAGGGAAAUGAGUCUGUUGUAAAUGAAGGGUGGUUUGUAUCAUAAAAUAGUAGAAUAAAAAGCUGGGGGAUUUA